AUGCGUGUGUUCAGCGUAGUAUUGUUGCUACUCUUGUUUUCUCUGUGUACACAUUCCUCUGUUGCUGUUAUUAACGCUGCUUCGGUAGUCGGGGAGCAACAUCAACAUCAACAACAACAACAAGAGGGUUUGAAUGAUGUGAAACCAGUCACUAUUCCACUAUCACCAAUAGUGAACAAACCUGUUGAGAAGUGGACUGUGAGUGAUGUGGAGUACUGGAUGAACUACACCGUAGGAUAUGCGGAGUACAGUGGGUUUGUACGCAAACACGGUGUGGAUGGUCCAACACUGCUGGCAAUGGAUGGAUCUGAUUUCGAGGAACACUUCCCUAUAGAGAACGCAAUGCAUGCGAUUAAAUUAUCAGCACAUUUAAAACUUCUACAGGGACUUUGUCUAUGCAAGACAGAUGAUGCAUCAAUGGAAAAGGUAGUGGAUUUAUGGUCAUACUUUAAAAAAGAGAAUUUCCGUGUUUGGGUGGUGGGAAUAACGUCUUUCUUCUUUCCACGUUUAUCCAUGCUGUACACAUUUUUCUUUGACGAUGAGCUGUAUCGGAUGCUUCUCGGUGUUCCUAGCUCUCCAUCAAGUGCGAUGACGGCUGCUGCUGCGGCUGCUGGUGUUGGAACUCCAACCGCAGGAGGAAAAGGAGGAGAAUAUGAUACAUUAUUAACAACACCGAGUGUUCCAUUUAUGCGUACUCUUCUUUAUCUGAUAUGCCUGAUUUUUGCUCCGGACUUAUUUUUGAUGGUUGAGGCUGCCCGUUUGGUGCCAACGAAUUAUAUUAUUAUGCCUUGUUGUGUUUUACUGUUUCUCUUAAACGCGUAUAGGGAGUAUCUCUUUUUCUACUUUACAUACAAGGGUAGUGUAUUUUCACCAGACACCCCCUUGUACAAGAAGAUAUGGUUUGUAUACUCGUAUACGUUAUUUGUCCCACCUAUUCUUUUUAUACUUUACCCGAUUGUGCCAUUUACUCUUCAGUGCAUUUUACUCUUUCUGCUACCGGUCGGUUUCAUUCUGGUAUUUAUUGCACACAUUUUUAUCCCUCUGGAUCCCUCUUCAGAAGAAGGCUUUCAAAAGGGAUCUGAAAAUGAGAAGAGUGAUUGA